GAAGCUCUCCAAGGCGACUGUGUCCCAGGUGGAGCUUCUGGAUCCUGCACACAGAUUGUUAAAAUUGAGUAAGAAGUUGAGACUCACAGAUUUUCUGAGCCGCCUUUCGUCCCGUCUCUGGGCCGGGAUCAGUAUUAUUGCUGCGGCCUUCAUUAUUCUGUCGAUAGUGGUUGGAAUCAUAUUUUACAAACAGAGGCAACUACUUCAGGCUUCUAAAGUUACAGUAACUGAUAGAAAACGCCAGGAGAGAUUAUCUAGUACCACAGUGGAUCCACGUGUCCAUGGAGUUUCUUUGUCUCAAUGUUUUCAUUCUCAUGGAUUACAGCAGGUCUCAACAGAUGAAGAAUCAGAACUUCAAGGAGCUCUUCAAAAGCAUAAGCAAAGGAAAUUGGAACUUGUGAUGACAUCUGUAACUUCCGACGUCUCGGACACCAGCUCCAAUGUGGAGAGCACAAACCUGGACCAGAGGUCCUUGUCAUCAUUGUCAUUGUGCUCUUUUCGUAGCCAAAGCUUGGAAGCUUGUAGGGAAUGGUUUUCUGAUGAAGAGGGCUCCCUUUGCUCCUCCUCUAUGAGUGACAUUAUGUCCAGAGUGCAGGUGUAUCUAGAGACCAUGGAUGAUUCUCCAAACUUCCAAAAAUUCCCUUGUGAUAGGAUAGUCUGUGAGGAUCAAAAAUAUCUGGGCUUGGAAAAGACAAAUCAACAAAAAAUGCAGAUGCCUCAAUCACUCUCUGACCCCCUUGAAGCUUCUUUUGACAUCCUGCUUCCUCCACCACAACCAGGGCCUGAUGCCUCAGGAGCCCCUUCUGGCAUCUCGCCACCUCCGCUGCUACCAGGGGCUGAUGCCUCAGGAGCCACUUCUGGCAUCUUGCCACCUCCGCUGCUACCAGGGGCUGAUGCCUCAGGAGCCACUUCUGGCAUCCACCACCUCCACCACUACCAGGGCCUGAUGCCUCAGGAGCCCCUUCUGGCACCCUGCCUCCACCACAACCAGGGCCUGAUGCCUCAGGAGCCCCUUCUGGCAUCUCGCCACCUCCACCACUACCAGGGCCUGAUGCCUCAGAAGCCCCUUCUGGCAUUCCACUUCCACCACUACCAGCGGCUGAUGCCUUGGAAGCCCCUCCUGGCAUUCCACUUCCACCACAACCAGGGGCUGAUGCCUCAGAAGCCCCUUCUGGCAUUCCACUUCCACCACUACCAGCGGCUGAUGCCUCAGAAGCCCCUUCUGGCAUUCCACUUCCACCACUACCAGCGGCUGAUGCCUUGGAAGCCCCUCCUGGCAUUCCACUUCCACCACUACCAGCGGCUGAUGCCUUGGAAGCUCCUUCUAGCAUUCCACUUCCACCACAUCCAGGGGCUGAUGCCUCAGAAGCCACUUCUGGCAUCCUGCCUCCGUCACAACCAGGGGCUGAUGCCUUCCGAGGCUCCUCCUGGCACAGUCUACCAAAAUCAAGCAAAACAUAAAUGAUUGUUCUCACUUCUGAGCCUAAGUAGGUCCUGACCAAGUGAGAACUCAUUUAGUCUGUGGCUCAAAAUGCACCUUGUGAAAAUAAUGAGACGGAGCCUCCAUACUCUGGGCUAUAAGUCUAAAACAAGAUCAUACGAGGUAUAGGGACAGGCUCAUUUGUGAAUAAACUAUAUUUAACUAUCAGUACCAUCUUGUAAUUUGAUAUUUUUCUGCUCAAUUUUCAUAAGAGGAAUCUUUAUAGCUACUUGUUUGAAUUUUGUAUAACAUUGAUUCCUGUCCCUGAGGCAGAAUUACAAAAUAUAGCCCACCAUUCACCGUUCCUCUGCACUUGAAAGAAAGUUAUGAAAUGGCUCAUGUUCUAAUGACGGCCUGGCAGUUGAGCUCCCAGGUCUGCCCUAAGAAAAGUCACUCUCUUCUUUGUGAUCCCUCAUGCCACAGAUAGUCCCUGACGUAAGGGCAGUGUCACCCACAGGUGUUUAUGUGAAAUAAUAUUAAAUCCAGCAAAUGUAUUCUUUCA